AUGGACCAAGACACGUGCGACAUCACCUCCAUGCUCUUGAACGACUCGGAGCUGCAGUACCCGGCCAAGCAUACGCACGUGAAUUCGGGCUUGGGUAGCGUCACCAGCUCCCUCAACACGCUGACUGACUCGGCCAUCCAAAUCACCUGCAAGACAUCGGGUCUUGAGCAGACCUACCUCUUUCGUCCGAAUGAAAAUGCCAUCUACAUGGGCACAUACCACACGACCGACUUGGAGCUUGCCGAGCUGCGUUUCCUCGCACGCCUGGACACCACCGUAGUGGACAACGCAAUGCUCAACGCAUCCGACACCGUCGGGAUGUCGGCCAUCGAGGCGACCGACAUCUAUUCCGACGACGACGGCGUGACGGCCUCCAAGUUUUACUCCGCCAUCCCGUUCAUGGAAGAUAAAGUGCACGGUUUCCACGGUCCAUACGCGCUGGUGUUCACGAACGGCACGGCGCCCUCCACGUCGGAUGUCGACUUUGACUUUUUCCAAGACUUGGAUCUCACUGGUUUUACCACGGAGACAGAGCGCGGAACCGUGACAGGCACCAUCACCGAUAGCAGCAACGUACUAGGCAGCUCUGACGUGGUUGUCACCUUCUCCAAUGACGACGCGCAGUACUGGGCUUCGGUGGACUCGAACGCUACGACGUUCACGUCACCGCUCAUGCGUCCUGGCACCUACAACGCUACCGUCUACAAGAAGCAGCUCGCCGUGAGCUCCGAUUCGGUCGUGGUUACGGAGGUGAACAGCGACUGGACUGCAAAAGUCCCGGCGUCCGUGGCAGUCUCGACGCGCGGAAUCACCCGUGGCGUCACGCUGGGCAACUACAAGCUGUACGAGUACACGAUCCCAGCGUCGGCUCUGGUAACGGGUACCAACAAGAUCGAGCUGUCGAUUGCCAGCGGCUCGACCGACCCCAGCGAGAAAUGGCUCUCUGCUUCAGUGGUGUUCGACGCUCUUGAGCUUAUGUAA